AUGACGAAGCCGACGGUCUUCGGGUUCGUCCUCGCCGUGCUGGUCGCCGCUCCGGCCUCUGUCCUCGUCGCUCUCUACCGGUCGGAGGAUCUGGACCCGGCUCCGCUCCCUGGGGGCUCCAGCGAUCAGACCAGCUCCGUGCCGGAGAUUCACAGCUGCAUCCUCAAGGCGUCCGAGAAGGUCGGAGAAGGGCUCUUGCCGGGGCCGGAGGACCUGGCCUACGACGCCGCCUCCGGAUUCCUCUACACGGGUUGCGACGACGGGUGGAUCAGGCGGAUUAAGCUGCGGAAGGAAGGGGAGACGGCGAAGGAGGGGGUAGAGGAUUGGGCGUAUGUUGGAGGGCGGCCGCUGGGAAUUGCUUUCGGCCCCGACAAGCAGCUCCUCGUCGCCUCGGCUUACAAGGUAUAAGACUCGAUUCCUUCAUUUCCAAAGCAGUGAUGGAACGUAUUUCCAAGGAUUCUUAGAAGAUUUGGUGUCUGAGGGCUUGAGCAAUUCAUACUCGAAGAUUGUAAGAUGCUUUAUCUGCAUGGAUUUAACGCUCUAAUGUGAAUAUCUCAUCUGGAUUUAACCCACUAAUGAGACCAUGUCAUCUUACUAGAAUCUCCGUCUACCUAUGCUUUUGACUUUAAUCUAAUGUGAAUAUCUAUAUCUAUUGUUUUGACUUUAAUAGUAAUGAACUAUUCAUAAUAAUAGUUAAUAAUUAAAAUUUCAUAGGUAUUCGUAUGAUGGGAAAGUUUUAUAUUCCAGUCAUUUCUGCCAUAUCGGAGUCCUAAAUGCCAUUGAAUAAUAGUUUUUUAACUCUAAAAUCGGCGGUCAUGUCGGCGCCGGCUUUUCAACGUCACCAGGCCCGUCCAAGAAAUUAGGAAAUCUCUACUUUCCCUCCUGGGCAAACCAUUGAUGGCAUAAUUUGUAAAUGGGUUUUCUCUAAAAUAUAAUGUCGUCAUCAUAUCAUACGCUUUUAUGUUACAAUAUUGUACGAAGAUGAUGUUUUCUAGUAUUAUAUUUUAUAUAGGUUAACCUUGCUAUGAUUGGCGAUUACAGGGGCUGGUGAGCGUCGGCGAGGACAGGGCGGUCCGCCUACUGGCGGAGGAGGCGGAUGGUUUGAGAUUUGGUGUGGCGGACGGCGUAGACGUCGCCUCCGAUGGCACAGUCUACUUCACCGACGCAUCCUACAAGUAUAACCUCGCGACCCACAUGCUGGAUAUCAUGGAGGGCCGGCCACACGGGCGGCUGAUGAGCUUCGACCCCGCCACCGCCCGCACGGAGGUGCUCCUCAGCGGGCUCUACUUCGCCAACGGCGUCGCCAUGUCGCCAGAUCAAGGCUCGGUGAUCUUCUGCGAGACUCCCUUGUAAGUCUUCUGCGAAACCCUAGAGUUUAUCCGUUCAGUUCCUUCCUCGUCCCCACAGUCCAUCUAUCGCACUCAUCCUCGAACUUCCCCCUCGCAGGAGGAGGUGCAGAAGGUACCACGUCCGCGGAGAGAAGAAGGGAGCCGUGGAUCACUUCGUCGACAGCUUGCCCGGGUUGCCAGACAAUAUCCGAUACGAUGACGAGGGCCGUUUCUGGAUCGGUCUAUGUGCGGUAACGAGACCUUUCUUCUGUUCCUCACAGCUGUCCUCCGGCGAACUCGUCGGCUCCGGCCAUAGUCAACUCCGAUCUGAUCGUCGACUGACUGUCUACCUUCAGGGGAAGAGCAAGAGCUGGGACCUCAUGCUUCGGUAUCCAAUGCUGAGAAAGAUGGUCGUAGUCUCAUCGAAGCUCGCGGAUUUUUCCCACCAUGUGCGGAAGGGUGCCGGCGUUCUGUCUGUGAGCUUGGAGGGAGAGCCGCUGGCGCUGUACACAGACCGGGAACUGUCGCUGUCUACCGGCGGCCUCAGGGUAGGAAGACAUCUGUACUACGCCUCCCUAGUGAAGAGCUACAUCAGCCGGAUUCCCCUGGACGAGCUCGCGGCAGGCAAACAGUGA